UUUCUGUUUUCGCUUUUGACAACAAAUGUUCUUUACUUGAAAACAAGUAUUUUUUAAGUUACAGUUAAGUACAAAUAAUCCGUAAUAAUAAUAAUAAUAAUAAUAAGUCGGUUAUAAUAUGGAAGUAAUAACAGUGAAAGAUUUUUCAAGCAUUUGCCGAUUUUGCUUGCAUCGAGCCAGGGAGAUGAAUUUAAUUUCUAGUGUCCCUAGUGCUGCAAUUUUUCAGGCAAUAAGUGGAAUAGAGGUUGCUGAUGUGUUACCAGAAAAAAUGUGCCUGGCUUGCAUGGAAUCCUUCCAAUCAUUUUCAAGUUUCAUUGAAAAAUCAAAAGCAAAUAUUCAAAAGUUACAAAAUAUAUAUGAAACUUCUAUUCACGAAGUUAAAGCAGAUGAUUCGUCAUUUUACAACUCAGAAGAUGAAGAAUUCAGUAAUUCGUUUGAGAACAACCAUGCCAUUCAAGAAGACGGUAGCUGCAAACCACUGGCUGGUGUUAAGUGUGAGCAUUGUAACAAGGAGUACUCUCAAAGUACAAAAUGCCACUGUCUGAAGCCUGAAGAAAGUCAGACCAAAAACAGCCCAAAGAAACGCAAUUUGCUGUCCAAAAGGGUAACAUGUAGAAAUUGCAAAGUUUCCUUUAAGACUAGAGAAGAGUUAUCGGCUCACUGUAAAAAUGGGUUUACUUGCUCCUUGAAAGACUACCAGUGUCCAACGUGCAAUAGAUGUUUUAAAAAACAGCACAAGCUUAAUAACCAUAUGAGAAGCCAUACAAAAAUUGCCCCAUUUAAGUGCCCAGAUUGUGACAAAGCCUUCAAGUUCCAGCAGAAUUUGAAAAGGCACAUUUUAAUCCAUAAAGGUAUUAAAAAGUUCAAGUGUGAAGAUUGUGGCAAAUCCUUUUCUAGAGCACACGUCCUAAAUGAUCAUAAAAACAUUCAUACUGGUCACAAUCCAUACAUCUGUGAUUACUGUGGAAAAGGAUUUAAAAGAUAUGCCAAUCAUUUUAUUCAUGUAUACCGACAUAAAUUGUUGAACGGGGAAGUUAACCAGGCAGACGAGAAAAAAUUAUACCUCCAAUUACAGUGUUCAGUUUGUAAUAAAAUAUUCGCCAGCAGAGGUAGUUUGGAGAACCAUUUAACUUUACAUCAAGAGGAACCAAGGGAGAAGAAGUUUUUGUGUACAGAUUGUGGCAAAGGAUUUGCAAGUAAUAGUCAACUGCAAUGUCACAUGAGAAUACACACUGGCGAUAGGCCAUUUGAAUGUACAGAAUGCGAUAAAAGGUUCAAGCAGAGAAGUGCCUUUAGUAUUCAUAAGUUAGUGCAUUCGGGAACGAAGCCUUAUCAGUGUAGUCUGUGCCAGCAGGUUUUUUCGCAAUCAGGGCAUUUGAAGAUUCAUAUGAGGGUGCACAGCGGGGAAAAACCGUUUACUUGUGAUUUUUGUGGAAGGAAGUUUGCUUUGAAUGGCAACUUGAAGGUUCAUACCAGAACGCACACUGGUGAAAGACCGUUUGUUUGUUCGGUUUGCCAAAAAGCCUACUACAAUUCGAGUAGUUUAAAAAAACAUAUGAAAACUCACGAACAACAUUUGUCUGGUGAUUAGACCCUCAAAUUUAAAGAUCUAAAGAAUUUAAAAAUAAAUCUCGAAAAGAAUUGGCUGAUUAUGUACUGUAAGUGUAUAAUAGAUUGAAAAUCGGAUAUGUACCUAAGGUGUUUCUCAUUGUCAUGUGCAUACGAAGGAUAUAGAUUAUCUAAACUUCGUUUAACUAAAAUUAAACGUUUUGAAAUAUCCAUGACUUUUACUGUAGGGAAAUUAGAAUUCUGAUAAGCCGCGUUAAAAAUGCAUAGUUUCUAAAAAUACACGCAGUUGUAUGAUCGAGUUAUAUGCACUACUUUUGUACACCUGUAGCAUCUUGUUUACUUUCGCAGUUGUAUGACUUUAUGAUUAUGUUCGAGACCUUUAUUGUGAUCAGAUCUUUGUAUCAGUUGCUCUAAAUAAAAUUGUCUUUUUUAAAAACAGUUUAUUACGAUGUUGAUUCAUAAUCAUCGGAACUGAUUGAAUAUCAGCACGAAAUUAAUUACAGAUAAAAUUAAAGUAGAAGCACAUUUCCAACAGUUUUCACAAUAUACAAACAAGUACUUAGAUUUUUCAACAGUCAGUUAUCUUGAUGAUUGAAUGAAUUGUUUGUAACUGGUCGAAGUGUGAAAUGAACUGAAGAAAAUGUUAUCAUGUCGCCUUGUAUAUGAUUUAAGAAAUAUUAGCACAUUCUAAAUGCUUAUUGUGAAAUAUAUUUGAAUUUAUUUGAUGGAAAA